AAUCUAUGAUUUUACCAAUAUUCAUGGAUGAACUGUGGAGCUGCAUAGUCGGCUGGUCAGAGAAUACACUAGCACAUGAUCUGUUCAGCCACAGAACAAGCUCUUUAAAGAUCUAGAUACAAAUUAAAAUUUAUUAGCCAUCAUGUCCUUCGUGAUCCAAGCUAGACUCAUAAACAGAAGGUAGUCAGGUGUUGUGUGAGGUGGUUUUAAUGACUGAAGAGAGGCAGCAGAGCCCUUCGCCUGCCGUGGAAGGGCUGAGGGGCAGAUUGGGUGCAGACAUCAAAAGAUCCCCGUUUAGACGUGACGGUGAAGGCUUGCCGUCCGUGGGGGCUGUAAUGGGACCGUUGCUACUUUGGCUCCAGGACGUGGCAGCGGUGACCCUCCUGAAGGCUCGCAGGACUCUGCUAAGGGCUGCCAUCCUGUUCUGUGUGCUGGUGCUGCUCCUCUGGAUCUCCAUGUUCCUGUAUGGAAGCUUCUACUAUUCGUACAUGCCUACUGUCAGCUUUGCCACACCGGUACACUUCUACUACAGAACAGACUGUGAUCCGGCUGAUUCAGUCCUCUGUUCUUUUCCCACGGCUAACAUAUCACUGUUGAAGAAUGGCAAAGACCAGGUGAUGAUGUCUGGUCAAGCCUACAUGAUCUCUCUAGUGCUGGAAAUGCCUGAAUCUCCUGCUAAUGAACAGCUUGGAAUGUUCAUGGUCAAAAUGACCUGCUAUAGCAAAGAUGGGACCGUCAUGACCUCUGUGGCCCGCUCAACGAUGCUGCACUUCCGUUCUAACCUGCUGCAGACCAUGAGUACGCUGCUGUUCUCCCCCCUCCUGCUCACGGGUCUGUCCGAGCAGAAACAGCUCAUUGAGAUGGAGCUCUUUCCAGAGUUCAGAUCAGACAUUUACCAGCCUGCCGUUGGUGCUGUGAUCGAAAUUCAGUCCCGCAGGGUCCAGAUUUACUCUGCCCAGCUCCGAAUCCAUGCAUACUUCACUGGAAUUAGAUAUCUCCUGUAUAAUUUCCCUGUGACAUCAGCAGUCAUCGGAGUGGCCAGCAACUUCACCUUCCUCUGUGUAAUCGUUCUCUUCGGUUACCUGCAGUUCAUCUGGGGAGGGCUUUACCCCCCAGAUCAGGUCAGAGUGAGGGUAAUGAUGGGAGACUCCACACGUCUUCAGCAAAGGAAAGAAGAGGCACUUAAACGCAUGCACUCGUCCUCCAGCACGCCCAAUAUGACGUAUGGAAAAGACAGCAGUGAACCAUCUGACACACCACAGCAAACCAAACAAGCAGGUAGCAUUCGAAAAAAAGGUGUGCUGGACACUCCUGGUGUAAUUGUUACAGAUAACUUAAACCACCUGCAAGAGGAUGAAGCUGGUAAAGGUGACUCCACAGACGAUACUCCCAUUUUUCUUGAGGCUCCUCAUAUUUCAGAGACUGUUUUAAGUGAGGAAGACCCAGAUCAAGAGCAGAGGCUAGCAAGAAUGGAUAUUGAGACUCAUGAAGAAGAGGCAGCCCAGUCACAAGCCUCAGACACUAGCAUUAGGCAGAGGCAUGGGCCCUGGCUGAGGCUCUGAGCAACGUGACCAAGCUUUGAAGAGACCGCAUACGCACAUGCAUUCUGCUACAGAAGAGCACUCAUAGCUAGCACAUUUACUGCCUGAAGUGCACUGAAGUAUAUUUAAGACAUUACUGUUGAAAUGCAGGAUGUACUACUGUGAGAGCUGUUGUACGCAAAAUUGCAUUUGAUGCAUCUGGAAACCAGUUUACGUCAUGGACCUGAUGUAAAAUUUCUUGCUGUGCUGCUGUUGAUUUUUGUAAACUGGAGUACAACGAUCUUCAUAUGUCAAUGCUUUGAUAUGUCGGUACCUUUGUGUGCAUGUGAAGCUGUCUAGUAAUUUAUGCGUGUAAAAUGUAUGAGCAUUUUCAUUUGUGUUUUUUAGUCAUUCCUCACUUGUAAUAUCUUGUCUACAAGUAUAAACAAAUGGUUCCACUUCUGGGCAUAAUAAACUAUAUGUUUUCUCAAGUUCAGUAACAUUAAUGCGAAAAUGUUAUUUUUUUAUAGUAAACAUGUAUAAGAGUUUAAAGUUAUUAAAGCAGGUUGCCUUGGCAAUCAAGUUGUCCUAGCA